GUUUCUGUUGUCCACUUGCACUUAACAGUUUGUCCAGCAGGGGGCAGCUUUGUACCGUGUUAUUUUCCCAGCAUGCUUUGCGAGUGGCCAGAAUAAGAAAAUUCGAGAUUACGUUGAGGACAACAAAGAAAUCCAGCUGCUAAAAAUGUCUGACGAGAUCCAGGAGAAGAUCAAGAACUACAGGACGGCUCCUUUUGACGCCCGGUUCCCAAACACCAACCAGACGCGGAACUGCUACCAGAACUAUCUGGAUUUCCACCGAUGUAACAAAUCUCUGAAGGCCAAGAACCAGGACCCGGCUCCGUGCGAGUGGUACCGGAGGGUGUACAAGAGCCUCUGUCCCGUGAGCUGGGUUCAGAAGUGGGACGAGCAGCUGGAGGAGGGAACGUUCGCCGGGAGGAUUUGAAUUCCUGAUGUUUUCUGUCCACAUUUAAAGCUUUAAAUGGGUUUCUUUUUAAAUGCCACCAACAAAGAAAUGAAAAAGUGAUGUUUCUCUGACACACCUGGUUUAUUUAACUCUGACUUCAAAUUUCAGUGUCAAUCACGGUCGUAGCUCCGCCUUCUCGGUCUUACAGGAAACGCCUCUUUGGGCCGCAUUUUUCAAAUAUGAAAUGUGGGUGGAGUAAGACUCUGAGGGGGAUUACCACUACUUUAAAUACAAAGUUAAACAUAAUUACCUUUUUUUAUUCUUACCCUAAUAUUAAUAUAAUUCAUUGCAUACACACAUCCCUUUUUUGGCUCAAAUGAACAAAAAGACUGACUGAAAUUGAAAUGUUCACUGUUUUCUUCUUGUUCUUGAAACGUAAUAAAAUUGCUGCAUAAUUUAA